AAAGAAAUUAUACAAAACAAUUUAUGCUGACUACAACAAACCAUAUUAAUUUAUAAAAUUGUUUCGUGAUUAGAGUAUUUUCUUUAAUUCUAUUAUCAUUCCACACGUUUUUCUUUAAUUGGCACCCGAUGUGAGAGAUCAAUACACACUUUCAAUAUUGACAGCAUUUGUGAUGGUACGUUUAUCUCACUGAAUUAUAAAAUUGUAGAGUGCUUCAGCUUGUCUGGCAAGUAAUCCAAAUCCAUAACUCGGAUCUCAGCCACCUUAACUAACUUCGCCCGCACCGGAUACCGUUUCCCGCCCAAUAUAUUCAUUCAUUCCCUCACAAAGUCCAUCACAUUUCACUUCUCUCUUUCCCCCUCUGUUGCGCAACACUGACACUCACGAAGACGUUUGGAAAUUCCGUUCUAGAGGCUUCCUCCACUGCAGCGAAGAUGAUUGCGACUCUUAAAGCCGAAGAUCAGAGCCAGUUGCAGCUCGUCGAACGCGAAGCCAUCGACGACGAAGAAGACCUGUUCGAAGCGAUCGACAAAUUGAUUUCUCAGGGAAUCAAUGCUGGAGACGUGAAGAAGCUUCAAGACGCAGGGAUCUACACCUGCAAUGGCUUGAUGAUGCACACAAAGAAGAACUUGACGGGAAUCAAAGGCUUAUCUGAGGCGAAGGUCGACAAGAUCUGUGAAGCUGCUGAGAAGAUUGUGAAUUUUGGCUAUAUUACUGGAAGUGACGCUCUCGUCAGAAGACAGUCAGUGAUCCGCAUCACAACUGGAAGCCAAGCCCUUGACGAACUCUUAGGCGGUGGAAUUGAAACUCUGGCAAUUACAGAAGCUUUUGGGGAAUUCCGGUCUGGGAAAACACAGCUUGCACAUACUCUAUGCGUUUCUACCCAGCUUCCUACCAACAUGAGAGGAGGGAAUGGAAAGGUCGCCUACAUCGAUACGGAAGGAACUUUCCGACCUGAUCGAAUUGUAACUAUAGCUGAAAGAUUUGGCAUGGAUCCAGGGGCUGUCCUCGACAAUAUCAUUUAUGCUCGUGCAUACACGUACGAGCAUCAGUACAAUCUGCUUCUUGGACUGGCUGCAAAGAUGUCUGAAGAACCAUUCAGACUUCUGAUUGUGGAUUCAGUGAUUGCCCUCUUUCGAGUCGAUUUCACAGGAAGAGGAGAACUUGCAGAGCGCCAGCAAAAACUGGCACAGAUGCUCUCCCGGUUGACAAAAAUAGCCGAGGAAUUUAAUGUUGCAGUCUACAUGACUAAUCAAGUUAUAGCUGACCCAGGUGGGGGAAUGUUUAUAUCAGACCCAAAGAAACCAGCAGGUGGGCACGUGCUUGCUCAUGCGGCCACUAUAAGGCUGAUGUUCCGGAAAGGUAAAGGAGAACAGCGUGUCUGCAAGGUGUUCGAUGCACCAAAUCUACCCGAGGCUGAAGCAGUAUUUCAGAUAACACCAGGGGGAAUUGCGGAUGCAAAGGACUAAGCUCAAGGCCUUGCUGUAACUCCGAAGAAGGCAACAUUAAGGAGCCUUUACAUUUUCCUGAUAUCUGGUUACUCUAGUGUAGAGAUGUUAAAAAUAUAUGCAGUAACCCGUUGGUUCUGAGCCCUAAAAGCAGCAUCGAAGUGCUUUAGGCUUUAGCUGCCUGCCCUAUGCUAGACCUAUAGAAAUAUCAUAAAUCUGCUAAAUGUGGAAACUUAUUCAAAUACAACGGCAGCAUAGAAAUAUACUAGAAUUCAGUGCA